AUGUCGCUCCUUCUGAAAGCCUGCCUCGGGGCAGUGCUGCCGCUCGCUUGUGCACUCACAUUGUCUGACACGACCACUACUGUCACUUCCACGCACACGAGCUAUGUCUGCCCUUGCGACACUUCCACAUUCAGCUCGAUCGCAAGCCCUACAGCUUUUCCUACUUCAGAAGAGUCUACCUCAGAUGUCCCUGCAACACACCUCGCAGACCUCCCUAUCUGUGGACUACCCAACCUUCGCGAUCCUUCCUUCGAAUUGCUCGAUCUGCGCAACGGCCAGCCGAACGAUCGAGUCUACAGCCCGUUUUGGGAAUUGUCACGUCAGGGUUUAAAACCUAUGAGCAAUUCUCUCUGUGGCAUGAUCUGCACCCAACUCGGCACACAGUAUCUGAACUUCACAUCAUGGCCGCCAACCUACGAUGCUACGACUGGCAAGAUGAAUCAGUACAACUAUCCUUUCUUCUCCCAGGCCGUUUCAAACUUCACUGAAGGAGCUACCUAUGUCCUUUCAUACCAUUACAAUGUGGAAGCUUGGUAUGAAGGAACAGCCGAUAUCGUGCUGGCAGUGGACGGUGUUGUUGUUGGACGCCAAACUUUGCAGGAUUUGAGAACCAACGAUGUCGGGUUACAAAACAGGAACCAAGCAAAUUGGAAGUACAAUACUGUCAGCUUUACGGCUAACCACAACACGAUGAACAUAUGGAUUGAGAUCCAGUGGAACUACCCUCUGUAUUCCACUACUGGUCUGCCAUUCAACACUGCGAUUAUCAACAUGGAUUCGAUUGAUAUUGAGCCAGCACCACUGAAAGUCAACCAUCCAUUCUGCUUUCCACGUUUUAAAUGA